AACAGGUUGAAGGUGCUACACGAACCCCGCUAGUACAGGCGCGUACCUCGGUUUAUAUUGAGGGCUUGGUCUUAUAUCAUGCCAUCACCUCGGAACAAAGACCUUUUCUCCAACUUCAAUCCAGAUAUUUGAUUCCUUCAACUCAACCGUUUAGAUUUCGCUUAUAGUUCGUUUUGAUAUUUACCUAAUAUACCCCAUUAUUAGAGCAUCUCAUCUUUAGUUAGCCAUAAAACCAAUUCAUCUACAACAACAUGUCUGCUAGAAUUCCGGAUAUUGUAAAACAUCGCGUUAGCGAAAAGGCGAAGAAGACAUUGGAUACCAUUGCCAAGUUUGUUGAGGAAGAAUGCAUACCAGCGGAUCCGGUUGUAGACGCCCAGAUCGGCGAAGGUUCUGCAAGAUGGGAAAGCCAUCCUCCUAUUAUUGAAGAGCUAAAGGCAAAAGCAAAACAACUGGGCCUAUGGAACUUGUUUUUACCCAAGGGCCAUUACAAGGAAUCGCCGGGCUACACGAAUUUAGAAUAUGGCUUGAUGGCUGAAUGGCUAGGCAAGUCCAAGAUAGCCUCCGAGGCUACUAACUGCUCAGCGCCAGAUACCGGAAAUAUGGAGGUCUUGGCUAAGUACGGCAAUGACGCUCAGAAGGCCCAGUGGUUAAAGCCCUUGAUGGAGGGUGAGAUCAGAUCGGCUUUUCUCAUGACCGAGCCGGACGUUGCCUCAUCAGACGCGACGAAUAUCCAGCUUAGCAUAAAGAAAGAGGGGAAUGAAUACGUUCUAAAUGGCUCUAAAUGGUGGUCAAGCGGCGCCGGCGAUCCUCGAUGUAAGAUCUACAUCGUAAUGGGCAAGUCGGAUCCCACCAACAAAGAUCUCUACAAGCAGCAGUCGGUUAUACUUGUUCCAGCCAACACCAAGGGCAUAACUAUCCACCGCAUGCUUAAUGUAUAUGGAUAUGACGACGCGCCUCACGGCCACGGUCAUAUUUCUUUCAAUAAUGUGCGCGUCCCAGUCAGCAACCUAGUUCUCGGCGAGGGCCGUGGUUUCGAGAUCAUCCAGGGUCGGUUGGGCCCAGGUCGCAUUCACCACGCGAUGCGCACUAUUGGUGCAGCUGAGUACGCGCUUGAAUGGAUGUUAAUGAGAAUCAACGACCCUAAGAAGACUCCAUUCGGAAAGCAGUUGAGAGAACACGGAGUUAUUCUCGAAUGGGUUGCCAAGUCGCGAAUAGAAAUUGACGCAGCUCGAUUGAUAGUCCUCAAUGCUGCUGUGAAGAUGGACGACCUAGGCCCAAAGGCAACGUUAAAGGAGAUCGCCCAGGCAAAGGUUCUCGUUCCGCAGACGGCCUUGACAGUUAUCGACCGCGCUGUUCAGGCAUUUGGUGGAGCGGGCGUCAGCCAGGACACGCCUCUUGCCAAUAGUUGGGCACUUAUCCGGACCCUGCGGCUAGCUGAUGGACCGGACGAGGUCCACCUUCAGCAGAUGGGCCGCAACGAGAACAAACGAGGCAAGGAAGUCUCGCAGAAGAUACUCUGGCAGAAGGAGAAGACGGAACAGUUGUUGAAGCAGAACGGUCUGAAGCGGUUUCAACCUGGGUCAAAUAUCAAACCGAGGUUAUAGGAAAAUCACAGCGCGACUCAAUGGGAAUGUUACCAGUUGAAAUAUUAAGAACGAGCUU